GUCUGUGUAGUCCCGCAGCUCUUCUUCCACUAGAAGCGAUUCUUGCGAGGUCUUCGUCAACGUUCAGACUAAAGUACUUAUUAGAAUUUCGACGAGUAUGUUCAUGUUGUGAUCGCACAGGCUGCAUCAAACUCCUCUUAUUUUUAUCUCCUCUGGUCCACAAAAGAUGGCUCCGCUCCACUCGUCCGUUCGUUCUGUUUUGUGCCUCUACUUACUCCAGUUGCUGGAAACGGCGAUCCCAGUUCACACAGCCGCUGCGGGUCCAACCUACUUCAAUAUUGGAGACGAUGAACAGGGGCCACCGUGGCGAGGAAUUAGUGCGCGAUGUGCUGCGACCCCGAGCACUUCUUCUGCGCAGGAACUGACUUGUCCCAGCAAUAACAACAUUCCCAUUCUCUCUACGACCGGUACUAGCCCUAGCAGUCUCUCGCCUAAGACGGUCUGCGGUAGUGCUAGCAGCGCCAGCAGCCCGAGGACCGCAACCCAUGCGAGACCACGGGGAGGUGGCCGUACUAGAAAUGGAGUUUCGACCAACACCGGCGUGGUGCAACACAAGCGACCCCGAGUUCUCGCACUGGUCGGCGGCUUGGCGACGCUGUCGUACAUUCUGAGCGGGGGAAAGACGAGCGGCUCUUCGUACGGCGGAGUGAAUACAGGAGUCGGCAGCUCUUGUCAUCCCGCGUGCUCCUCGGUGUUUGCAGACGCAUCUUCUUCACGCGAUGGUGGUGUCGCACAACUUCCAAGAACCUCUGACGACAGUGAAACAACAGCUUUCCUGGAUCUAGAAAAAGCGAAUCGGUUCAAAGACGAAAAACUGCAGCAGGCCAGGAAGCUGUUCGCGAAAUUGAAACAGGAUGAACAGCAGUUACAGCAGUCUGAAACGGCAAUCGAAGUGGAAAAAAUCGCAGAGAAAUCGAUCGAGGAACUAGAAAAAUUUGCGGAAAAAGCGGAGAGAGAAAUCACUUCCGAAUACCAAGACAACGUCAAACCCUUUGUCAAAAAGGAAGCAAAAGCCGCCGAGACUUUCCUGCGAAAAGCGAAGCAGUCCGCGUCAGCCUUUUCCACCAAUUUCUCCUCCACCUGGACCUGCCCGGACCCGGUUUCGAUCCAAGAUCCCAAAGUGAAAGACACGUUUGACAUUGAAAAACUACAAGGCACCUACAAAGAACUCUUCCUCCACGACUUCACGCAGUACCCUGCGUGCGUCAAAGGCCCGUCUUGUGUGCAGUCGGUGAAGUAUUUGGACAAAGAAAAUCCGUUUCUGUUGCACGACAAGUUCACGCUUGCCUGUUUCGACAAGCCGUACGCCUCCGACCUGAAGUUCGAACUCAAUACCUCUACUCCGGGGAUUUUCACGGGAAAAUGGAACGCGGUGACGGGGGGCCUGAGGAUUCCGGACACGGUCGUGGCGUUUAAGGAGCAAGAAGAAGACGAUGAGAACAUGAACAACGAAGGUGAGCAGGAUGUCGGUGAUAAGGUUAAAGAAACGAGCACAGUCGUUCUUUCUCGUCCGAAGCUGCAGUACAAGUGGGUGAUCGAACUCCAGUGUGUGGAUUUGAAACAAGUUUCCUCGCACAUCCCCAGCGACUACGCUUUUUUCGUCGGAAUUAACUUCUACGCGAAGGACGACACGCCGGAAAUCCGGGCGGAGAUGCUGGCGGCGGCGAAGGAGCGGGGCAUUGAUGCGUACAUGUACGGAAAACCGUUUGGGCUGUACGAAGUGCCCCACCCGGAUACGUGCUGGUACAAUAAGGAUUGAGCUCAUGAUGAAGAUCUUCAACUCGUCGGACAGAGAAAGGCGAGGGAACUGCAGCUGCUUCUAGUGGGAUGAUGAACUAGAACUAGCAGAGGCCUACUUGCUGUGCUGGUUCUGGCGGGAAGGCAUGAUAAAGUUUUGGUGAUGAGCCGAGUGUAAUGAAAAACGUUGCGACUGUUACUGCUCUCGUGUACAAAAAGCGUGGUUGGUGUAACAUAGAUAUGCUCAACGGCUCUGACAAUGGUGCGAAAUCCACACGAUAAGCGUUUCCGUUUCUGUUUGCUAAAAAAGAAUACAGGCUACUUCCCGUAGUAAGUAGUACACUUGUAUUUAUAUUGCGUUUGAGAAAAAAAUGAAACUCCAGUCAAGAACAUGAG